AAUGGAGGCGAAAUCAAGAUGCAAUCAGUGCGAAGAAAAUCUAUGCGAUUCAUGUGUCCUUGCGCAUCAGAGAGUGAGUUUAACGAGAAAUCAUGUGCUGAGACGCCUAUCGCCCUCUUUGCUUAGAGAAUCUUCACCUAUAUCUCCUAUUAUCCGCCCAGCUUGUGACUUCUGUUUUAAAGAAGACUGCUUUGGUGCUUGUCUUCUGUCUAAUCAUCUUCAGGAGCCAAACUUCAAAAAGAUUUUAUAUGAAAAGAUAAAAAUGGAAUUGGAUAGAGUUAAUAUGUCUCUCUCUGCAAAUGAGAGAAUGAAAGAAAAUAUUAUGAUGCAAGCGAUCAAUGUAUCCAAUCAGGUAUCCAUUAAAACCCAUCAAUUCAUUGCUUAUAUAGAAGAACGUGAAAAAGAACUACUUCAAAACAUCGAAAACAUAAGAAAGUUGAAAGUAGACACACUCAUCAAGCAAUCUGAACAGCUUAGAAAUGCCCAAUUACACUGGCUUGAUGAGAUUAACGCUUUGGAAGCCGGAAAAAGCGAUAUAGACGAGGCGAAUGAAAAUUUUGAGCGUUACCUCAGGAAUUUAAAUAGCUUAACUUGUUUCGAUGGCCCAUUCGAAGAUGACACAAUAUCGUUUAUACCUCCAGACAAUUCUUUUCAUUCCGCCGUUAGAAAAAUGGGUCAAAUAUCAAGUUCAGCGUGCGCUCCACUCUGUUACAUUUACGGCGAAGGCUCAAAGAAAGCCUUAAAGUCUAAAAACACCACAUUUUUCAUACAAGCCGUCGAUUGUCAAGGUCAUAACCGUUAUACAGGCGGUGAUAAUUUUGUUAUAAACAUUUUAUCAUCAAAUGGAAAAAUUUUGCAAAAUCAGAUUUCUGAUAUGAUGAAUGGAACAUAUUCAGUUAGUUUCACACCCGAAUGCGAAGGGAUUUGUCAAGUUCGUGUUUUGAAUAAUGGAAGACAUAUAAAAGGUUCCCCAUUCAAAAUUCAAGUAUAUGUAUGCAGAGAAUACAAUGACAUCUCCAGACCAAAAUUUAUUAUUGGAGGGGAAGGGGCGUCCAAAGGAAAAUUAUCCAGACCGUGGGGUAUUUGCACAAAUAAGCAUGGAUAUAUAAUUGUUGCUGAUCGCUCUAACAAUCGUAUACAAAUUUUUGAUUCGGAAGGGAAAUUUGUGAGAAUGUUCGGAAGUUUAGGAUCGCAGCAAGGUCAAUUAGAUAGACCUGCUGGUGUGGCUUGCAAUGUUAUGGAUAAUAUCAUUGUUGCUGACAAGGAUAAUCAUCGUGUCCAAGUUUUCUCAUUUGAAGGCACCUGGAUUAACGGGUGGGGAGAAAAAGGAACAAAACCAGGUCAAUUUAAUUAUCCAUGGGAUGUUGCCGUCAAUUCGCAGGGAAUAAUAGCAGUAACAGAUACUAGAAAUCAUAGAGUGCAGCUAUUCGCUUCAUCAGGAAUGUUCAUUUCUAAAUACGGUUUUGAAAGUUGUUCAUCAUCACUUUGGCGUCAUUUCGAUUCUCCUAGAGGUGUUAGCUAUAUGUUCAGUGGUCAUAUCGUCGUCACAGAUUUCAAUAAUCAUAGAUUGCUAAUAAUUAAGCCUGAUCUAUCAGGCGCUCAUCUACUCGGGCAGGAAGGUUCUUCAAGAGGACAAUUUAACCGACCUCAAGGCGUUACCAUAGAUCAUCAGGGAAAUAUAAUCGUAGCUGAUUCCAGGAAUAACAGAAUUCAGGUAUUUAAUCAAGCAGGAAAUCCCAUCGGCCUCUGGGGUUCAAGUGGUCAGGAAGAAGGACAGUUUGACAGACCUUCUGGAAUCUGUGUCUCUCCAAACGGUGAUGUUUUGGUCGUUGACUUUGGAAAUAAUCGAAUUCAAGUUUUUUAA